UGACAUCACACAACAUUCUCCCGGGGUGAAUCCCAUUACUCCUAAUAGACAUCACAGACCUUCCCAUUCAGAGACAUCAAUGGCUCCCUCUAAUCCUGAGGAGUCUUCUGUAAGCCAUGAAGGAGAUCACACAGGAAAGAGUUCAUUCUCAUGUUCAGAGUGCGGGAAAUCUUUCAAAACAACAAGACAGCUUCUCAGACAUCAGAGAAGCCACACGGGUGAGCGUCCUUUCUCGUGCUCAGAGUGCGAGAAAAGUUUCACCGAGAAAGUAGGUCUUAUUAGACACCAGAGACUUCACACAGGUGAGCGUCCAUAUUCAUGUCCAGAGUGUGGGAAAGGUUUCAUUCAGAAAGCAGAUCUGCUUAUUCACCAGAGAACUCAUACGGGCGAGCGUCCUUUUUCAUGUUCAGAGUGCGGAAAAUGUUUCAUUAGAAAAGGGCACCUUCUGAAACACCAGAGAACUCACACGGGUGAGCGUCCUUUCUCUUGUUCAGAGUGUGAUAAAUGUUUCAUUCACAAAGGAGAUCUCAUCAGUCACCAGAAAAGCCACACGGGUGAGCGCCCUUUUUUCUGUACGGAGUGCGGGAAAAGUUUCAUUGGAAAAGGAGGCCUUGUUAAGCACCAGAAAGGUCACAGAGGCGAGCGUCCAUAUUUAUGUGCAGUGUGUGGAAAGUGUUUCUCUACAAAACAAGUACUUCUUCAACACCAGAGAAUACACACGGGCGAGCGUCCUUUCUCAUGUCCAGAGUGCGGCAAAUCUUUCACUCAGAAAGGAGAGCUUCUUAAACACCAGAGAAUUCACACAGGCGAGCGCCCUUUCUCAUGUUCAGAGUGCGGAAAAUCUUUCUAUAGGAAAAUAGACCUUAUUAGACACCAGAGAAGCCACACAGGAGAGCGUCCUUUUUCAUGUUCAUUGUGCGGGAAAAGUUUCUAUCGCAAAGCAUGCCUUUAUCGACACCAGAGAAGUCACACCAGAGAACGUUGUUUCUCAUGUUCAGAGUGCGGAAAAUGUUUCACUCAGAAAGCAGACCUUCUUAGACACCAGAUGAUUCACACGGGUGAACGUCCUUAUUCAUGUUCAGAUUGUGGGAAAUGUUUCAUUCAGAAAGGACAGCUUCGUAGGCACCAAAGAAGUCACAAGGGUGAACAACGUUUCUCAUGUACAGAGUGCGGGAAAAGCUACACUCAGAAAGGAGCCCUUAAUAACCACCAGAAAAUCCACACAGGCGAGCGUCCGUUCUCGUGUCCAGUGUGCGGGAAAAGUUUCUUCCGGAAAGGCAGCCUCCAAGUUCACCAGACAUUUCACACAGGUGUGCGUCCUUAUUCAUGUUUAGUGUGCGGCAAAAGUUACUUUCAGAAAAGGCAACUUGCCAUUCACCAGAGAAAUCACACGGGUGAGCGCCCUUAUUUAUGUGAGGAGUGCGGGAAAUCUUUUGUUCAGAGAGCAGCAUAUGUAAAUCACCAGAGAAUUCACACAGGUGAGUAUCCUUUCACAUGCUCAGAGUGCGGGAAAUGUUUUAAUCACAAAAGACUGUUCCAUGAUCACCAGAAAAUUCACACAGGAGAGCGUCCUUAUAUGUGUUCAGAGUGCGGGAAAUGUUUCAUUCAGAAAUAUAAGCUUCUUCUACACCAGAGAACGCACACAGAUGAGCGUCCCUAUUCAUGUUCAGAGUGUGGGAAAAGCUUCAAGGGCAAAGCAAGCCUUCUGGAGCACCAGAAAAUUCACACAGGUGUGCGUCCUUAUUCAUGUUUAGAGUGCGGGAAAUCUUUUGCUCAGAAAGAAAAACUUCUCAUACACCAAAGAAUUCACACGGGGGAGCGUCCGUAUUCAUGUUCAGUGUGUGGGAAAGGUUUCAUUCGGAAACAAAAACUUCUCACACACCAGAUCACCCACACAGGGGAGCGGCCUUAUUCGUGUUCGAAGUGCGGGAAAAGUUACGCUCAGAAAAAUUCACUUGUUAAACACCAGAAAACACAUAGAGGUCACAAGAGUCAACGACCUUUCUCAUGUUCAGAGUGCGGGAAAAGCUUCACUCAGAAAGGAGCCCUUUACAACCACCAGACAAUCCACACAGGCGAGCGUCCGUUCUCGUGUCAAGUGUGCGGGGAAAGUUUCACUCGGAAAGGCAACCUCCAAAGUCACCAGAAAAUUCACACAGGUGUGCGUCCUUAUUCCUGUUUAGAGUGCGGCAAAAGUUUCUUUGAAAAAAGACACCUUGCCAUUCACCGGAGAAGUCACACGGGUGAGCGCCCUUAUUUAUGUUCAGACUGCGGGAAAUCUUUCUCUCAGAAAAGACUGCUUGUUAUACACCAGAGAUGUCACAAGAAUGAGCGUCCUUUCUCAUGUUCAGAGUGUGGGAAGAGUUUCACUCAGAAAGGCAACUUUCUUAGUCACCAGAGAGUUCACACAGGGGAGCGACCUUUCUCAUGUGCAGAGUGCGGAAAAAGUUUCAACGAUAAAGGAAACUUUCUUAAACACCAGAGAAUUCACACGGGUGAGCGUCCCUAUUCAUGUGAGGAGUGUGAGAAAUCUUUUGUUCAGAGAGGAGCAUAUGUAAAUCACCAGAGAAGUCACACAGGUGAGUAUCCUUUCACAUGCUCAGAGUGUGGGAAAUCUUUCAUUCACAAAGCACACUUCCAUGAUCACCAGAAAAUUCACACAGGAGAGCGUCCUUUUAUGUGUCCAGAGUGUGGGAAAUGUUUCAUUCAGAAAGAUAAGCUUCUUCUACACCAGAGAACGCACACGGAUGAGCGUCCCUAUUCAUGUUCAGAGUGCGGGAAAAGCUUCAAGGGCAAAGGAAGCCUUCUUCAGCACCAGAAAGUUCACACAGGUGUGCGUCCCUAUUCAUGUUUAGAAUGCGGGAAAUCUUUUGCUCAGAAAGAAAAACUUCUCAUACACCAAAGAAGUCACACAGGGGAGCGUCCGUAUUCAUGUUCGGUGUGCGGGAAAUCUUUCACUCGGAAAGAAAAACUUGUUAGACACCAGAUCACUCACACGGGUGAGCGGCCUUAUCCGUGUUUAAAGUGCGGGAAAAGUUACGCUCAGAAACGAGCACUUCUUCUUAACCAUCAGAGAGUUCACACAGGCGUGCGUCCUUUCUCGUGUCCAGAGUGCGGGAAAAGUUUCAUUCAGAAAGGAAACCUUUAUAAUCACCAGAAAAUUCACACCGGUGAGCGCCCUUAUUCGUGUUUAGAGUGCGGCAAAAGUUUCUUUCAGAAAAGGUACCUUGCGAUUCACCAGAGAAGUCAUACAGGUGAGCGCCCUUAUUUAUGUUUAGAAUGUGGGAAAGGUUUCACUCAGAAAAGACAGCUUGUUAUACACCAGAGAUGUCACAAGAAUGAGCGUCCUUUCUCAUGUUCAGAGUGUGGAAAGAGCUUCACUCAGAAAGGAAACUUUAUUAGUCACCAGAGAGUUCACACAGGGGAGCGUCCUUUCUCAUGUGCAGAGUGCGGGAAAAGUUUCAAUGAUAAAGGAAAUUUUCUUAAACACCGGAGAAUUCACACGGGUGAGCGUCCCUAUUCAUGUGAGGAAUGUGGGAGAUGUUUUAUUCAGAAAGGAGAACUUGUAAAUCAUCGGAGAAGUCACACAGGUGAGCGUCCUUUCUCGUGUUCCGAAUGUGGGAAAUCUUUCAUUCGCAAAGCACACCUUCUUAAUCACCAGAGAACUCACACAGGAGAGCGUCCUUUUUCGUGUACAGAGUGUGGGAAAUGUUUCAUUCAGAAAGAGAGACUUCUUUUGCACCAGAGAAGUCACACAGAUGAACGCCCCUAUUCAUGUUCAGAGUGCGGAAAAGGCUUCAAGGACAAAGGAAACCUUCUUCAACACCAGAAAAUUCACACGGGUGUGCGUCCCUAUUCAUGUUUAGAAUGCGGGAAAUCUUUUGCUCAGAAAGAAAAACUUGUUAGGCACCAGAGAAGCCACACAGGGGAGCGCCCUUAUUCAUGUUCGGUGUGCGGGAAAGGUUUCAUUCGGAAAGAAAAACUUCUUAGACACCAGAUCAUCCACACGGGUGAGCGGCCUUAUUCGUGUUCAGAGUGCGGGAAAUGUUUUACUCAGAAAACGGCACUCGUUCGACACCAGAAAAUUCAUACCUUUGAUGGUCCUUAUUCGUGUUCAGAGUGUGGGAAGUCUUUUAUUCAGAAAGGAAAUCUUCUUAAACACCAAAUGAUUCACACGGGUGAGCGCCCUUAUUCGUGUUCAGAGUGCGGGAAAUGUUUCAUUCACAAAGUAAGCCUUCUUAAACACGAAAGAAGUCACACGGGCGAGCGUCCCUAUUCGUGUUCAGAAUGUGAAAAAUGUUUCAGUGAUAAAGGACACCUUCUUAAACACCAAAUGAUUCACACGGGUGAGCGUCCUUAUUCGUGUUCAGAGUGCGGGAAAUCUUUUAUUCAGAAAUGGAACCUUGUUAAGCACCAGAGGUGUCACACGGGUGAGCGUCCCUAUUCAUGUUCAGAGUGCGGAAAAUGUUUCACUCAAAAAGGAAACCUCCUCAAACACCAGAGAAGCCACACAGGUGAGCGUCCUCAUGCAUGUGCAAUGUGUGAGAAAAGUUUCAGUACGAAACAAAAACUUCUCAAACACCAGAGAUGUCACACGGGCGAGCGCCCCUACUCAUGUUCAGAGUGCGGAAAAAGCUUCAUUCAGAAAGAAAACCUUCAUAAGCACCAGAGGAGUCACACAGGGGAACGUCCUUACUUGUGCACAGAAUGUGGAAAACGUUUCACUCAGAAAGGGCACUUUGAUAAACACCAGAGAACUCACACAGGUGAGCGUCCUUAUUCAUGCUCAGUGUGCGGGAAAAGUUUCAUUCAAAAAAGUGCUCUUGUUGCGCACCAGAUGAUUCAUUCAGGCGAGCGCCCUCACGCGUGUUCAGAGUGUAAGAAAUGUUUCAUUUCUAGAGGGGAACUUGUUAACCACCAGAGAAUUCACACCGGGGAGCGUCCUUAUUCAUGUCCAGACUGCGGGAAAUGUUUCAUUCGGAAAUAUGCACUUGUUACGCACCAGAGGAUUCACACGGGCGAGCGUCCUUAUACUUGUUCCGAGUGUGAUAAAUGUUUCAGUCACAGAAAUACACUCAUGGUACACCAGAGAGUUCACACGGGCUAA